AUGGAUUCUCAAAAUUUUGUCUACCUUUUCCUCUUCAUCCUUGUGGCACUAAAUAUUUGGAGAAAUCUCAAGAAAAAAGGGUCAACUCCAAACCUACCCCCUGGACCAUGGAAGCUACCUAUUAUAGGACACAUACACCAUCUAGUUACUUCUACACCACAUAGAAAACUAAGAGACUUGGCCAAAAUACAUGGACCCUUGAUGCAUCUACAACUUGGAGAGAUCUUUGCAGUUGUUGUUUCUUCACCAGAGUAUGCUAAGGAGGUACUUAAAGUUCAUGAUAUUGUAUUUGCAUCUAGACCUAAGAUUCUUGCUGCGGAAAUAUUAACAUAUGGUUGCACAAAUAUUUCAUUUUCACCUUAUGGAAAUUAUUGGAGAAAAGUGAGAAAAAUAUGCACAAUGGAGCUUUUAACACAAAAACGUGUGAGUUCAUUUCAUACCAUUAGAGAAGAAGUGUUCAUGAAUCUCAUCAAAAGGAUUAUUGAUUCACAGAAAGGAUCAGGAUCAGGAUCAGCCAUCAACAUCACUCAACUUGUGGCUUCAUCAACAUUUGCUAUCAUCACCAAGGCUGCACUUGGUGACAAAUGCAAAGUUCAAGAAGAGCUUGCGGCUUUGGGAAAUGGAGAAUCUGUUGCAGGAGGCUUUGACAUAGGUGAACUGUUUCCAUCUGCUAAAUGGCUUCAACUGGUUUCUGGUUUGAGGCCGAAACUUGAGAGGUUGCAUAGACAAGUUGAUGAGUUACUAGAAAAGGUUAUCUUUGAACAUAAGGAAGAAAAGUUGAAAGCAAAUCAAGGCCAAGGUGAUGAAGUAGAAGAAGAUCUAGUAAAUAUUCUUCUAAAUUACCAAGGCGGUAAUGAUAGUGAUUACAAAGGUGGUAGUUUAGAGUACAUUCCUUUUGGUGCUGGAAGAAGAAUGUGUCCAGGGAUUACAUUUGGUUUGAUGAAUGUUGAGUUAGCCCUUGCAUUGUUGUUGUAUCACUUUGAUUGGAAGUUCCUAAUGGAAUGA